AUGAUGAAUAGAUUAUUUUAUGUUUUGUGUUUGGUGAUUAGUAGUUUUAGUCACAUAGGUGAUGGUCUUGCCAUUGUUAAAGACGAUUUUGAAUUGGAGAGACCCAACAAGUCUCCUAUCAAGAGUAUUUAUACAAAAUCGGGACACAUAGUUGAUUGUAUUGAAAUUAACAAACAACCGGCUUUUGAUCAUCCUUUAUUGUGGAAUCAUACAUUGCAGCGAAAACCAAGUGUGAAGAAUUCAGCAACAAAAUCCGAUUUUAUAUUGGAAAAAGUUGAUUGUCCAAAAGAGAGCGUUCCUAUUCAAAGAAUGAUUAAAAAUAAUUUAAUCCAAGAUAAAUCAUCAUUCAACACUGAUAUCUUAGAUCAAAAUAAUGUCCGUUAUUUUGGAGCUUAUGCAUAUCAUAACGAUGGUACCCACUAUGGAGCUAGCGGAACUACUAAUAUUUAUAAUCCAACAGUUUCUAAUGGCCAAUCAAGCGAAAGUUCUGUGCACGUUAAAAAUGGAAAUGGAGAUGGUGCUAAUGUGAUCGUGCUCGGAUGGCAUGUGCAUCCACAAUUAUACGACGAUUAUGGGAGUCAUUUAUUCUCACUUUGGACGUCAGAUAAUUUCAAGUCUGGAUGCUACAAUGCAUAUUGUCCUGGUUUUGUUCAAACAGACCGUUCAUAUUAUCUUGGAUCACGCAUAGGGAAAACAUCAACCUAUGGAAGCACAAAAGUCGUUCAAAUGUCAAUUUCAAUUCACCAGGAUGAAAAAACACAAAAUUGGUGGUUGAGUGUGGAAAAUAAGGCAAUUGGAUACUUUCCAGCACAUUUAUUUUCUAACUUGAACAAAGCUGGUGAAGUAGGAUGGGGUGGUUUAGCAAAAAGUGUUGCAGGUGCAAGUCCUCCACUGGGAUCAGGACAUUUACCAGAUGGAAAUCUUAUUCAUUCAGGCUAUUUUAGUCAUAUUCAAUUUCUAAAUGAUAUAAGACAAGAUGUUGACCCUGUCUAUGGUGCGGUGAAAACUUUUAGUAACGCCCCUGAUAAAUGUUAUGGGGUUAAAUAUUAUGGCCAUCGAAAACAACUCGGGUGUCUACUUCUAUUCGGAGGACCAGGAGGUGCAUGUGGAAAUUAA